AUGAAGAUCUCGGAUUUGUGCGAAGUGAACAUGGAGGAACCGCCUGCUGAAGAAGUUUUGACUGAUGAUACCCGCAAAUGCUUCUGCGAUACAUUUUACUGGCUUGCGAAGAACUCACAACAGAAGUCGGAAUCAGACAACACCAACUCAGAGGAGUUCUUUGAGGUUAUAACAAGGAACAGAAAGCAGAAGACGGAAUCGGAAACAAACUCAAUCGACAGAGCGAUCGCAAAUCUCACAUUCAACAAGAUGGAAUCAAACAUGAGAAAUUUGCCUCCACCAAAGAGACUAUAUUCUAUUCAAGGAUAA